AUGCCAUCUACUUCACCUGUCUUCGAUGAAAAACUUAUCGAAGAGUCUUCCCCACCUUCAAAAAUGUACACAACCAACCCAGUCAUAUCUAGCGCCGAGUUUGUCCUUGAGCAAACAAAUAUCGUCAAAAUCAACGACGACGCGGUCAAGAAAGCCACACAAUAUAUUCUGCAAAAAGUCGCUUCAGAGCCCUAUACCUCCGCUUUUUGGUCAGAAAAGGAAGGCCAGCUGGAUCGGUAUGGCGUUGAAUGGCGGGCUAGUUGGAAUAGCCAGACAACGACGGUGCACACUGGAUACUGGAGCUUAGUCGCUGCUUUGAAUCGAGCGUUAGAGGAGGGUAUACCUAUCAUCGAUCCCCAGUUUUAUUCCUCCGAGGCACUAUGCCCAGACUCGCUGAUCGCGCACGUAUUCCGCCCCGCCCCGCAAUCUUCUGAAUCGAUCCCUCUGCUUAAUGAGCGCCUGGCGAUCAUGCGCGAAGUCGGUGCUAUAUUGUGUAACGAUGAAUUUGGAGGUUCAUACCUAGGGUUUUUACAAGCCUUCCAAAGAAGAUACGAGAAUCAGGGCACGGCGCUCGACCUCGUCCAAUUCGUCACAGACUCGUUCCCGAGUUUUAGAGAUGACCGAAUGUUCAAUGGACGACGAGUAUAUUUCUGGAAACGGUCUCAAAUUCUAGUAGCAGAGACCUGGGCAGCCUUCUACCCUGAAAGCCCCUACACCCCACACCCGAUCUUCCCCGGCCUCAACGGAGCAUGCAUCAGCUCCCUAACGAUGUUCGCAGAUUACCGCCUGUGCGCUGGCACACAACUUGAAUCUGGAUCGAGAGAAGAAAUGAGCUUGCGCGCAGCGAGCAUCGUUGCUGUUGAACGGAUCCGGAGUGAGAUGGUGAGGUGUGGAUCGGAUUGGGAAGCGAGCUGCGUUUUGAUCGAUUUUUACCUUUGGGAUUUGGCUAAGAAGCUGCAGGGGGGGAAAGAGUGUCUUGAGGGGAUUGAGACGGAAGAUAUCUUGCCUGUGCACAGGACGAGAAGUAUUUGGUAUUAGGUUCUUUGGUUAUUGAUAGAUGUAGACUUCGUAUUCCCUCGAUAGUUUUUAUAACCUCUUUAUUAGCGAUAGGAUUCUAAAUUUCUCGCAUUUCAAAUAUAGACA